UUUGUGAAGCUUCUCUUCUCGAACAUGUGCCUCUAAUUAUACAUGUUGGUUGCUGCUUCGUCACUUUCAUCUUCUCAGUCGAGACACCCACCCACACCCACGUUUUGGGCUUAUAAAACUUGGGCCGUGAGAUUCCUAACUGGGCUUUUGGGCUGAAUGCGCUGAGCAAGGACGGCCCAAAGCAGCAUUUUUUGUGAUAGAGGAGCGUUCCAACUGUCAGGCAGUUGAUGAGUGGUGGGGCUGUAGCAGAGCAGAGGCAGCCAAUAACGGAUAUCCAAAUCCUGGAAAGUGGAAACCACAGCCUCGAGUGUUUGUUUAGGAAUUAGGAAUUAGGACCUCUCUUAUUCGGAGGUCUCAGAAGCGAAGCAAUCGACUGCAGGGGAUCCAGAAAUGACAACAGCACCUUCGCUUUCUCGCCUCCACUCUCCGUUUCUGUAUUCUCCUCUCAAACCCACUUCAGCUGCCUCUCUAUCACUCACAUUUUCCAGAAAUCAACGGUCUCCAGCAUCAUAUCCACGCAUCAGAGCUAUAGAUCUUGACCAAAACACGGUGGUGGCACUUUCAGUGGGGCUGGUGAGUGUUGCAGUUGGAAUAGGCAUUCCCGUCUUCUAUGAAACCCAAAUUGAUAAUGCUGCGAAGCGUGAGAAUACCCAGCCUUGCUUUCCCUGCAGUGGUUCGGGAGCACAGAAGUGCAGAUUUUGUAUGGGAACUGGCAAUGUGACCGUAGAACUCGGUGGAGAUGAAAAGGAAGUUUCCCGUUGUAUUAACUGUGAAGGUGUUGGCACAUUGACUUGCACUACAUGUCAGGGCUCUGGAAUUCAACCUCGAUAUCUAGAUCGCAGAGAAUUUAAAGAUGAUGAUUGAAGUUCAGCAGAACUAGAAGCAGCAACAUCCACUGAUUUUGCUUUCAAUUUGAUGCCUUGAAACUUGUUAGUUACAUUGAAUCGAACUUGGUAUUCCACCAAGGACUUACUUUUUGGUAACUUUUUCAUGCAUUCUUCUAAUGUAUAUUUGUGGUUAAUAAUACAAAUAACACUGUAAGAGGAGAGAAGAAUUGACUGUA